AUGAUGUCUCCGGACUCCUUAUCUAUGUUAGUCUGUUCAGUCUUGGGACUGGUCUUGGCAAUCUCUUCUAACACUUGUAUUGUGAUGAGUAAUCUGGACAUCAUCAGAAAGAAAGGGAAGUUGAGUCCCUCCGAUGUGAUCUUUCUGGGGAAGGGAAUUGUGAAUAUUCUCCUCCAGUGUUUGCUGAGCCUACAGAGAAUGCUCGAUGUCUUGUGUCAGGCAAUCUCUUACAUUGGAGCAGUAAAUGUAUUUAUGAACACAUCAGGUUGCUUCCUAAUCUACUACAACUUCUGGUUGACCUUUUGGCUCUCGGCUCAUUACUGUACCAGCAUCACCAAUCUCAGCUAUGGGUUCUUCAUCUGGAUAAAGAGAAUUGUGUCCAAUUUCCUGAGUCACCUUCUAUUCCUGACAGCACUUGGGGUGUUCCCUGUGAGCGUCCUGACUAAUUGGGCUGUCAGUGAAGGAAGUCAUAUCCAGACAUAUGAGAACAGUACAGGAGACUCUAUUAUCAAUGUCUCUUACCAUAUUAAUGUUUCCUAUUUUAUGCCUGCAAACACCCUAGGUGUCAUUCUUCCAUUCUUCCUUAGUCUUCUGUGUCUGGUCCUCACUUCCUCCUUUCUGCUCAGACACGUCUGGAGGGUGAAGAAUAACGACUCGGGAUCAACAUGUCCAAAUCUUCAGGCUCAUGUCACGGCACUGAGGACAAUCUUCUUCUUACUUCUCAUUUCCACAUUCUUCUGCGGGUCUCUGGUGGGCACUGUUCAUUACAAUUCCAUAACAGUCUUUUUGAAUGUGUUAUUAUUUUACCCAUCGGCGGAGGCCGCCAUCAUCUUCCAGGCCAGCAACAAGCUGAGAAGGAUCAUUCUGAGAAGAUUCUGGACCAGAAGAAGGAGGAACACAGAGACUUAA